GGCUGCCGCUCUGCCCCGUCGGUGCAGGUCGCGGGGGCCCCGGGACCCGCUCCCUGCUCGGCGGCGAGGGGAGGUCGGAGAGGACGCGAGUGCCAGGCGGCAUCGCCCGCCCCAGCCCGACCCGCCGGCGCCCCGGCCCGCAGGCGGCGGCGGCGGGCGGCGGCGGGCGCGCCUGCGCUCCGCCGCGCCGCUCGGGGAGGCGGAGGCGGCCGAGGGGGACCUGGCGUUGGGUGACAGGCGGGGUGGGGGCGCAGGGCCCGGCUGGCUCCCCGGCUCGUUCGCCGGCCAGCCCCCCGCGCCGCAAGCACGAUCGGCAGCACUUCCCCCGGAGGUCUGUCACCGGCGUCGGCGGCGCGGAGAAAGGAGGAUGCGGGCGGCGGAGCAGCAGCAGCGGCGGCGAGCGGCGCUCCCCUGCGGGGGCCGGGCUGGCCGCGGGGCUCCGGCGGGCGGCUGCUGAGCGCGGCGCCGCGGGCAUGUGGCCGCGGGGAGCAGAAGCCGCGGGCAGCGGGGGCGCCCCGGCGGGCGGGCGGCCCCUUGAGCGAGACUGAGGGAGGAUGGAGCCACAAAGGACUUUGGCUGACACGUGCGGCGGGGCCGGCGGCCGCGGCUAGGGCCACCCCCCUCCCCUCCCUCCUCCCCUCCCCGCUAUACUGCGCUCCCGCCGGGCCCCUCAGCGCGCUCGACGCACGGCGGCGAUGGAGCCGGCCGGGCUCCUCUGAGGCCGCGGCCGGACCCAGCAUGGCCUCGGCGGAGACCCCGGCGCAGCGGCGCCCCGGGGCGGAGCAGCCGGCGGCGGCGGGGGGCCGGGCGGAGGCGCCGCGGUGCCGCAGCCUGCCCGCGCUCGGCGGGGCGGCGCCGCGGGGCUGCGGGGCCGCGCUCGGCUCCCCCCUGGCGGCCGGGGGGAGCGGCGGCGGCGGCGCCCCGCUGAGCCCAGCGGCCGGACCGGCUCCCCAGGACGGACGGGGCGGGGGCCCCGCCGCCGCCGCCGGGACUGCCCGGGCCCCCGCUGGCGGCGGCGGCACCGGGAGCUUCCCCCGGAGGACGGAGCGCGGCCAGCCGGCGGCGCCCGGCCGAGGGGUGUCCCCGGGCCCCCCGCUGCCGCCGCCACCGGUGCUGCUGGCAGGGCCCCCGGGCAGAGUGUGCCUGCGGGCCGUGCUGGCGGACUCCCGCUUCUUCUUGGUGUGCAUGUGCUUCCUGACCUUCAUCCAGUCCCUCAUGGUCUCCGGCUACCUGAGCAGCGUCAUCACCACCAUUGAGCGGAGAUACAGCCUCAAGAGCUCGGAGUCGGGGCUGCUGGUCAGCUGCUUCGACAUCGGGAGCCUGGUGGUGGUGGUCUUCAUCAGCUACUUCGGGGGGCGUGGACGGAGGCCGCUCUGGCUGGCUGUAGGGGGGUUUUUCAUCGCCCUGGGGGCUGCGCUCUUCUCCUUACCUCAUUUCAUCUCUCCGCCGUACCAGAUCCAGGAAUUGAACUCCUCUGUCAGUAACGAGGGCUUGUGCGUGACUGGCAAUGGCACCGCCAAAGAGCAGUGGGACUCGCCGGCCUGUGUCAAGGACUCCGGCGGAAACGACCACUCUCUCUAUGUAGCUUUAUUCAUCUGUGCCCAAAUCCUCAUUGGCAUGGGCUCGACACCCAUCUAUACCUUGGGACCAACCUACUUAGAUGACAAUGUCAAGAAAGAAAAUGCCUCGCUUUACCUAGCCAUCAUGUACGUAAUGGGAGCACUGGGUCCUGCAGCUGGAUACUUGCUAGGAGGACUUCUUAUUGGUUUCUAUGUUGAUCCUAGGACAACUGUUUAUAUUGACCAGAGUGAUCCCCGAUUCAUUGGAAACUGGUGGAGUGGAUUUCUCCUUUGUGCUAUUGCAAUGCUCCUUGUGAUAUUUCCCAUGUUUACGUUUCCGAAAAAGCUCCCUCCUCGACACAAAAAAAAGAAAAAGAAAAAGAAGAUGAACUCUGAUGAUGUUUCAAGUGAUGACGAAGUCAUGAAAGAGAAAACAAACAGCAAAAUACAAGCAGACAGUGCAGUUCCUGCCUCUAUGGGAUUUGGAAAGAAUGUUAAAGAGCUUCCAAGAGCAGCUGUCAGGAUCUUAAGCAACAUGACAUUCCUUUUUGUGAGUUUGUCAUACACAGCUGAGAGUGCCAUUGUUACAGCUUUUAUUACCUUCAUUCCCAAGUUCAUCGAGUCACAGUUUGGCAUCCCAGCUUCAAAUGCCAGCAUCUACACUGGUGUGAUUAUUGUCCCAAGUGCUGGUGUUGGUAUCGUCCUAGGUGGCUACAUUAUAAAAAAACUGAAACUCGGUGCGAGAGAGUCUGCAAAGUUGGCUAUGAUCUGCAGUGGUGUAUCUCUGUUGUGCUUUUCAACUCUCUUCAUUGUUGGAUGUGAAAGCAUUAAUCUAGGGGGAAUAAAUAUACCUUACACGACUGGUCCCACUCUUGCCAUGGCCCACAGGAAUCUGACUGGGAGCUGUAAUGUUAACUGUGGAUGUAAGAUUCAUGAGUACGAGCCUGUCUGUGGAUCAGAUGGAAUAACAUAUUUUAAUCCUUGCCUAGCUGGCUGCAUCAAUGGUGGAAACCAUAGCACAGGGGUAAGAAAUUACACAGAAUGUGCCUGUGUUCAGAGUCGCCAGGUGAUCACUCCACCGACGGUGGGCCAGCGCAGUCAGCUCCGGCUGGUUAUUGUCAAAACCUACCUGAAUGAGAAUGGCUAUGCUGUUUCUGGGAAGUGUGAUCGAACCUGCAACACGCUUAUCCCGUUCCUGAUAUUUCUCUUCAUCGUUACCCUUAUAACAGCGUGCGCGCAGCCGUCAGCAAUCAUAGUGACACUCAGGUCUGUGGAAGAUGGAGAACGACCCUUUGCACUAGGAAUGCAGUUUGUGUUAUUACGUACUCUUGCGUACAUUCCCACUCCAAUUUAUUUUGGGGCUGUUAUUGACACCACGUGCAUGCUUUGGCAACAGGAUUGCGGCGUACAAGGAUCUUGUUGGGAAUACGAUGUCACCUCGUUUCGUUUUGUCUACUUUGGGUUGGCAGCUGCUCUCAAGUUUGUGGGAUUCUUUUUUAUUUUCCUGGCCUGGUAUUCCAUUAAGUGUAAAGAAGAGCAACUGCAGAGACGGAGAUGGAGGGCUUCACCGGUGAACACUGUGAGUGAGAUGGUUGGCCAAGCUGGACCCCAACAAAACUAUGCACGGACUAGAUCCUGCCCUACCUUCAGCUCUCGAGGAGACAUCAGUGUGGCACAAGGAAUGAACUGUGUAGCACAGACGUACCCCGGCCCUUUUUCAGAAGCAAUAAAUUCCUCAAAUGAAAAUGCGUUGGAAGAAGUCACUGCUGAGAUAUAGACCCCUGGCUUGGUAAUGUAAUAUUUAGUUUUGUUGGUUGACUUAAUUACGGCGCCUUGUAAAACACCUGUGCCUUCUAUUUUUAAUCUAAAUGUAACAUGUGAUAAAACCAACAAAGCUUAAUGCAAACAAACAUAGUUUGUUCCUGAGGGCUGGAUACCUCAAACCAACCCAAGUUCUUAUUUCUCCCCUCCCAACAAUGGAGUUUUAAAAAUUGUGUUUGUAAUUAUUUCAGAUGUGUCCAUUAAAUGUCCAUGCUCUGAUCUAAUGUCAAUGUAAAGGUGAGGUAUUAUGAACAGCAGAAGUCAGUGGAAGAGUGACAAAAACUCAUAUUGUUGAUGUCUAGACGUCACAAAAAUGCUUAAAUGUAUCGUCAACUUCACAUCUGCAAAUCAUAUUUUUAAGAGAUGAGUAAUUACUGUGAGUUCUGCUACAAAGCACAACUGAACUUGUUCAAACUAUGCAACUUAUUUGGAUAAUUGUAUGUGCAGCAAAUUAAGUUUAAAGUUUGCUUUUAAAGACAUUACUGCAAUUGAAUUUGAAAGGGGCUAUUUUCAGACAUAAGCGUUAAAUUAAAAAGGAACAUAAGGUUUAAAGUACUGUUAAUAACAUGUUAAGCCAUACAAAAGUUAUGCAUCAGGUAAUGUUUGCAAAUGUUGAGUCAUAAUAUCUUUAUCCUGUCAAAAUGUGCAUUAAUUUUCAUUUGAUGAGAGUAGUCAUUCUUCACAAAAUACACAGGCUAAGAAAGUAUAACGCUUGGAGUUAAAAACUUCAGUAUUAAUUUGUAAUAACAUUAAGAUGUAGAAAUCAAACACACAUACCAGAGCAGAUAGGUGCAUAUUUCUGUAACGAUACAGGCAGUUAGUCGGGUGGUUGUUACUAGUACCAAAUGCAUACUUUUCCUGAAGAAGAAAAUAACCAGUUAUAGCUUGGUAGGAAGAGCUUAGCUGUCCUUCAGAAACCAGUGCCAGUGUAGUUCAGCUUCCAUGACAAAAUCUCAAGGGAGAGCUGGUGGCCUCAUUUCGUGUCCGAGUGGCUGCCUCGGACCCGUCAGGCAGCCAGCGACGGCACGGGGUCUGGGCUGGCAGCGCUCGCUGCCUGCUGCAGGAGGGAGCAGAGACCCCCCCGGGUGGGCUGCAGCAGCCUGCCCGCCGCCGUGCCCGGUGCGAGGCUUUCACCCUGGGGAGGGGGUGCCCCCUCAGACCCCGGGUCCCUCUCAUUUCUGCCCCACUUCUAUCUCUCCCACUACCUGGUGCAGGGCAGGCUGGUGGACAGGUCUGGAGGUUCUAGUUGUACAGUUUGUCCCACGCGUGGCUGCCUUUCCUUUUCCCAGCUUCAUUGAAAGCUUCUGUGAAGGCAAAGAGCUAAGAAUAGAAAUUGUCUGCAAGCGUGGACCCACAGGACGUGAUGUGGCCUUUGCUUUCCAAAUUACUCUAGUGUGUUUUCUCCCCAGGAGAUGCUGAGGUUUUCUAAUCAAGUGUACUUGGCAUUUCAUUUCUUGCUCUGGAGGCUUUGUAGUGCUAUGCUUAUGAUGUACUAAUGAUGUCUCAAAGGGCAGAGAAUGAUUUCAGGUGGACACUAGGAAGUCAAAGCUGUAUUUUGCCCUGCAGGGAAAGUCUUAGAAGUUUAGGAAAUUAAAAGCACUUUCUAAGAGGACUUAGUCAGGUUUGGAUUUUGCCAUGCAUGAAAACAAAUAGGAAAGAACAAAACUUCUAUGUAUUUUUGAACAGAGUUAUUCCUGGUUUAAUUUUUAAUUUAUAAUAUUAUAAGUUAAUCAAACAUUGUAUGGAACCAAGUCCUUGAAAUUAAAGGCAGUACUCUCCUUGUCAUUCAUUGAGUUGUCCUGGGAAGAGUAGAUUUCCCUCUCCUCCUUUGCUGGCUGCCUUUCCUCGUCUCCUGGCUCUUCUUAACCGGCACAUGGAACUACCCGCAGCGCUGGUUCCUCUGCUUGAAAUGGUGGGUGCUUAUUUCAGAAUGUCUCGGUCCAUUUAUGUGGCUUGUAAUGAUUCCCACUCUCUCUCUCUCUGCAAAUUCAGAUGCUUCUGCCCCAAACUGCAACAAUUUUCAACACCUUCUGCUAUUCUGUAGAUAUUAAUAGCCUUUUGGGGUCAAGCCUGAGAAUUUUUUUUCCUCUUGUGGAGCCACCAGAUACAAUACAUCCUCAGUCAGCAUGUGCCACCUGAGAUGUUAGUUUCUACACUUCUCAUCCCAAUAAAUAAAUUUCCUUGGCUCAAAGGUAUUUGGUAUAUUUUUUACCGUAGGAGAUCACAAUAGAUGAUAAAAAUGUUUCCUUUUGCUCCAGUCUCAAAUGCUUUUUGCACCAGAAAUUUCCUGCCAUGGAAAAAAUUGAGGCAAAGUAGUAGGACAAACUGUAAUUGCAGCCCACCACCCAUCCGUUUUAAUCACUUGCCCAUUUUAAUGAUCAUGGGGUGAGGCGAAGAGUGACAAUCUUUUCAAAUACCUCAUAAACAGAACAUUUAGAGAAUUGUAAUAGGCUGGAGAUGAAUCAUCUAUCCUGAUCUAUUCUAUUUCAUGCCUUGUGUGUGUGCUUCCAUUCCACGCGAGUAACAAGGGAGAGCAGAUUAGGCUUGUAGGACUGUCGGGAGCUGACACUCAUGGCAAAGAAUGAGAGGGAUAGAGGUGACACAUCUGCAACUGCUGCCGCUUCUGGGCUGGUUUCAAGGGAAUUCAGAGCUUGUUGGAAAGGAGGCCACCUGUUUUUUAGGAAAUCCUGGCAUUUCAACUUCUAAAAACAUUAAUUUUUUUUUUAAUGUUUGAGAAACUGGAAUGUAGAAGGAAAGAUGUUCACUUUGGAAAUACUGAAAAAGUCUUGUUUACAUACUUUCAAUAGCUUUCAAUUUUCCAAAUUAUAUGCAAACCAAAAAGUAAUUCAUUACUUCUCAAGCAAACCCAUUAGCAUUUUUGGAUAUAGAUUAUUUUGACAAUAUGAAUAUAUUUCUAAAAAAUCACUUAAUUAAAUCAGCAUUAUCUGAAAGAAAGAAAACCCAAACUCCGGCCAGUUUUGGCUUGAUUCCUGAAGAAGGCUUUAUUGUGAGUAAGCUAUAACAGUCUAAACUAAACCAAUAAAGGCACGCAGGGGAAACACAUUAACUUCCUAGAGAAGUCAAUUCCAACAUUGUCAACAUUGACUGAAAUACGGACUGAGGCCUGCUGAACAAACACUACUUUCUGAGUUUGUCACUGCUGAAGGAAGAAAUGACAAUUGUGUCAUCCCUAGCAGGAGUCAGGAUCGACGUGUGGUGCUAAACCGACUCACAAGAAGAAUAAAGGAGCUUUAUCUAUCACCCAGUGAAGGUGGCCAUGCUGUCUUCCUGCUGUGAAAUCCUCUGACCACAGAAUAUAAAAUCCAUUGCCUUGUAAUUUCUGACACCUUCGCUCUCUGCCCCCAAACACGAAAGGUUAGAUAGUAGUGAGUACAAAGAAAAGGUAAAGCUCACCCACAGGCUGCUAUCGGUAGUAAACCUACGUCAUCUACCUGCAGUUAACCAGCCAGGGAUAAUAUGGAGCAACGACACCCAGCGACUAACUACAAGUCCACAAAGUGAAGUAGGGGCACAAAUCUCCUCAUCGUUAUUAGAAAUGUAAGUUUGAAAGGCCCUAAAUUAGUUACAAACACUUGAGUUUGUUUCUUUUUUAAAAAAAUAUAGCUUAUUACUUUGUAGCAUUAACCAUUCAUUAUGGCUGUGAUCCAGCAGAACACUUAAAUAUGUGUGUAAGUUUAUAUACUUAAGUAAUGCACUUAAAAAUAAUACAUGUGUGUAAGUAUUGGACUGAAUCCCAUCUGCAUUCAAAAAGGAGUUCGUUUACCCAAAGAGUAAUUUCCAUGCAGAGUUUUUUCCCCCAUGGAUUCAGGGAUCAUUGUAACUAGAACAGCACAAAGUAGCACUCAAGUACUCUGCUCUGGCAUUCACAUGUGGCUACUUAGAUAUCUAGCAAUGGAGGAAAGCUUUCAUUUUCAAAUAUAAUUAAAAUUCAAAAUAUCUUGUGGACAAGCUCAAAGAUACAUUCUAGCUCUUCCUGCCAUUCACUCAUUUUAUUAAUUUCUGGCUGAAAAUCUGUUCGUUCUGUGGGGAGAUAGAUUAAAUAAAGGCAUCCUUCUGACCUUAAAGCCAGUGAAAUUGCUCAAGUAAUGGCGUAGGUUCGGAUUGCGCCCUUUCACAAUAUUUGGACCUAGAAGUUCAGAUGGCAAAUUUUCAGUAUCCCGCACAAACGGAGCAGAGCACUGCCUGCUCUGUAACUCCAGACAGUGUGGCUGGGAGAGGGGUCAGAACCUUCUGUACUGUUCUUGCGGGUUUUUCCCCCAAAUGCCUGAAUUAAUACUGCCUUACUACACUUUCUCUGUGUGUAAUACCACAGCUCUUUGUGGUGUUAUAUUGACAUAACUGAAGAUAAAUAGGUCCAAAGUGUCUUACUGCUAUUUUGGAGCCAGAUUCUCAGCUUCAUCAGUCCGGUGAUGAGGUUGAAGAACUGGGCCAGUACCUUGGACAUUAACGAGCUGGCGCUUUAGCAAGUGUGUGUGAACUUAAGUGAUGAUAUCAAGUGCUUGUUUAGCUUUCGUACUCUGUUCACUGGUUACCACUACUGUUUUCAGAGAUCAAAGACAAAAUAUUUCUUAAAGAAGUUUAUCUUUUUCUGUUUUCUCAGUAAUGUGUCUUUUAUAACAGUAUAGGGGAUGCCAUGCUGCGGUGUCUGGUUCCCACAGCUGAAGGCACUCAGCUGCAAUUGCUUUCCAGGGGCUUAAAACACCUGGUAAUAGAGAUUUACCUGGACUGCAGUCUGAGUCGGUGUUGCUUUGGACAGUGUUUGCCCCUUGUAGAUUAAACCUGUAUCAACACAUGUCAGGUUCUUCACAUAUUGGACUCGAUUUUAUAGACAAUUUUAUCCUUUAGAGUGCUUAGAAAAUGAGCAGUUGCCAUUAGGGUGGUAGAUUCAGUCUUUGGCAUUGACUAGGGCUUUCUUUUUUUCUUAAAACAUCUUAUUUUACAAAUAACAAUUCAGAAAGGUUACAUGUAAACAGUCGCAGAGCAGAGAUGUGAAGCCUUCAGCGUAGGCACUAGGUAUGGUCGGGGUUCACAUCAUCCUUCUUCUUUACACUGAGUAUCACUAAUAGAUGUUAUUAUGUGGCCAAAGGUUUCAAAGCCUACCUGGUCUUCAGGAAGGGAAUUUCCCCAUCCUUUCCACAGAAUAAAUGACAUAAAUUAGGGAGGACAGCUAACACUAUCCAUAUCCCAUAGCCAUACCCAUUAUAUUAACUACAGUUAAUAGCUAUAGUUUUUGGCACCCCCCCCUCCAAUCCUUCAGAUAAGCUAUUUUCUUGUAGCAUAAUACAGCCUUUUAAACACAGGCUUAGCUCUGCAAGUUCAAAGUAGCUCCAAACUUUUCUUGGUUUCAAGUGUUACGAAGUAGAUGCUUAUUUAUUCAGGUUCCAUUUUACUCUUCUACUUGUUACAUUAUCCGUUGUGUGUACUGUAUUUUCUUAUUUUCUCUCUCUCAAACCAGUUGUCACAAUGUUAUCCUGUAACAACAUUUUGUUCACGAUAUAGAAUAGGUGAAAAGCUGUGGAAUUCGUGAAGGGCUACAAAAAAAUCCAAAACAUUGUUCACCUCGAGGAAGGGUGAGCCAGCUUGAUAAUCUUUGAACAAAUGACUAAACAACACUGUGGUGCUACUAGGUACUGAAAUGUUUUAUGAUGUAUUCACUAUGACUUAAACGACAUAUUCAAGGCAUGUCAAUGAUGCAACUGCAUGUGUUUUUGUUCUAAAAGUCUGGACUGCUCCAGCAAAGACAGUGUUUGUAAUUCCUGGUGGGCCAAUUCCUACCUAGCUCUUCUGUGGGAAGGUAAUUUUGGGAGGCAGUAUAGGAUUUGGCCCAGCGCUAACAGCUAAGGUGAAGGCGAUACAGACCACAGAAAUCUCAGGUAGGACGUAUUCAUCCUGCUGUAACGUGUUACUUUAGUGGCUUUGCUUAAGCAGAGGCUGAAAAUAAAUUCUGUCGUAAUGACAAGAACCACUAGGCUAAAUUCUGGGACGCCUUAACCAAGCAACAUAAGUAAGCAUUUGAAUUAAAUUGAGGAUUCAGAUCUGAAAUAUUAAUGUUCUUCCAUGGAAUACCAGAAAGAGAGGAAUAGAACAUAAGAGCAGGCUCUAGCUCUAGCAGUGGAAAAAGGCCAAAUCUUACAGUGAGCUACGAUUUAAAACAGAGGGUCUGGUCUUAAAAUCUUGAAGAUAAACUUUUUACCUUCCAUUUUGAAUUCUGAAAGGUAAUUGUUUUGUGUUAUUGUGCCUGGACUGCUCAUGCAGAGGAGGCAUCCGUAUCCUAAAUAGCACUGAGGUACACCUCCGACUGAUAGGUCAGAAAUUUUACCUCUUUAACCAAUUCCGUAUUUGAAAACAUGGAGGGAAAUUUCAAAAUAAUAAUUUAAAAAAAACCCACAUACAAAAUCAUGCAGAACUGAGUUUCUGUACCAAAAAAAAAAAAAAGAAUUUGGAGUCAGAGAGACUGAUGGUUGAGUAAAGGCUUUCCUCAAAGACGACCUUGUCUUUUCCCCAGUUGAGCAAAGAGGAGUUUUGUCCUUGGCUGCAGUGCAUACCUCUACAAAAUGAUUUAAGAGUUAAGCAGAACAGCAACAGUCUGGGUAGUAUGUUAGGAGCAUGGAGUGGGCACACUGCCUGUAACUGUUUAGUUUUUUAAAAACUCAUUAUUAAGCAAAUGUGUAGAGUAUUAAGGAAAUUUGUAGAGUAUGUCUGACCGUAUGAGUGUGUGGGUGCUGUGCUGUGGUAAAAAGAGACUAAUUGGUUUAUGCAGUUUGUUUUGCAUACUUUAGGCUCCUGUAUGGGGUUUUUUAAUUGAUAUUUAUUUCUCAGCAGAGCUUAGAAUAAUUUUAAAGCUGUGUAACACAUCAUUUAAUGAAAUCUAUUGUCAGCAUCUGUUGUAAACACGUGUUUACAAAACAAACUCUUGAAUACUUGAUAUUUGGAAAUAAAAAAUAGCAUAUCA